CGCACAGCCCUGGCGCGCGAGCGAGGGUGUGAUGUGAUGGUUGAGCCCACGGCGGCAGCUGCCUCCGCCGCCACCCCCCCUCCCCGCACCCCGCACCCCGCCCCCCGCCCACGCUGUCCCACUAAGGCGGGUGGGAGCAGCUUCAGCACCGGACAGCUCCCCCGCAGCGCGGCCGCGCGGCAACAUGGCGACAGAGUUCCAUAACCUGCAGGAGCUCCGGCACAGCGCCUCUCUGGCCACCAAGGUCUUCAUCCAAAGGGAUUACACUGAAGGGACAGUCUGCAAGUUCCAGACCAAGUUUCCUGCUGAGCUGGACAGCCGGAUUGAGCGCAGUCUCUUUGAGGACACGGUGAAGACCCUCAACAACUAUUAUGCCGAGGCUGAGAAGAUAGGUGGCCAGUCGUACCUAGAGGGCUGCCUGGCCUGCGCCACAGCCUAUGUAAUCUUCCUGUGCAUGGAGACACGCUACGAGAAGGUGCUGAAGAAGAUCUCUAAGUAUAUCCAGGAGCAGAAUGAGAAGAUCUACGCACCCCGAGGCCUGCUUAUCACAGACCCCAUUGAGAGGGGUAUGAGGGUUAUUGAGAUCUCUGUCUUCGAGGACCGGGGCUCCAGUGGCUCCAGCUCAGGCAGCAGCUCAACAAGCAGCAGCAGUGGCCGGUGACUGGAGGAACAGCACCAGGGCAUCCCACCAGGCCUUCUUUAACAGUAUUUUUUUUCAACUACUCAGACUUUGCAUAUUUCUAGAAGACAGUAGUUCACGGGUGGUGGUCGAGGGGUCGGGGCGGCGGGUGCUUUACAUCCUACGGCCCUCUCCCUCAGCAACCUUCGCUUCCACCCGACACACACCAGUUAAGCAGCUCCUGCGCAGGGCCUUCCCCACCCACCAUGCUGGAUGCCUUCAUGUUUCACCCCGUGGAAUACCCAGCCUGGCGCUGUGACCCAUGGACUCCGCACUGCCACUCGAGCCUCUUUGUGUGUUAUGUUGUGCUGCAACUGCCAAUGCAUGGAGCUCUUUUCUGUACAGACGUGGGCGUGACGUGAGAAACAAACAGACAAAAAAGAAAAAAAAAAACCUUCUUGUGUUGUUUGACUCUGAAAAUGUUGAUUAUAAUAUCAACCCUCCUGUGAAAUCGUUUCCAGGAACACCUGGGUCUUUGCAGCUUCAUGGGAUGGUCACAGGUGUAGGGUUGUGGUCAGGGGAGAGUGGAUGAAGUCUAAUUUGGGACCGGGGCAGGUGAGGGACAUUCAGAGGGCUCAUGAUUCAGAGGGUUAAUGGAAGGUAAUAGAGAAAAUGAAGGCUGGGGAGUUGAACUGCCAUUAAAGCAUGGGUGUGUCAUGUUUAGAUGUAUACCAUUUCGGGGAGUGUAUAUUUGAAUUCUUGCUGUGCAAAUUGUUUCCACAAAACCACAAGAAUGCCUGCUGCAGACAUGUGAAACGUGAGAUAACUUGUUACGUACUGAAAGGUUUACUGAGGUGUUGUAGUGUUGUAAAAGUCCAGUAGAUUUUUUUGUUGUCUAUGCAUGAGAAGAGCUACUGCCAAGGCGACCAGUAUCGCCAUCACUGAGAGCUGUUAGCAACAGCUUGAUAUUUUACAUGGGUCAUGGAAAUGGGAAGUAGUUGGGACUUGAACAGAGUCCAGUGUAGGAGGGGCUAUGUGGCAAAGGGAGGAGGGACUUUAUGUAGUAAAAGAGGAGGAGCUAGGAGUCAAGGACCGGAGAAGUUGUGUGUCAGAGAAGAGACUAAGAGUCGAAGGGAAGAAGGCCUGUGUGUCAGGGGAUGGGAUUUGUGUCAAAAAGAGGAGGGACUACGUGUCAAAGAGCCAACGAAAAUGGAGAUUUUUGUGGACUAAGCUGUGAAGAUGGUGAACAGGGAAGGGGCAGUGUCAAUGGACUAAGUUUACAUUACUUUACCUGUACUGUACCUUGUACCUGUACUCCUUGAUGCAAAUGUAUAUUUUGUUGAUGUAGCGACCCAUGAAAAUGUUGGGGUUUUUCAAGUAAGUCUUCCUGUUGAUAGCGACCAGACGUUUCGUGGUCUCCAAAGAGUUCAUGGUUCAUGGCAUGCUGCAGAAGUCUUACGUCAGUAACAUGAGAUGUUUGUUUUUCUUUACAGAGACAUGUUGGGUCAUGUUUAUGCAAGUGUAAUUGAUACCGUAGAUUUUCAUAAAACAAAAAAUACUGGAUACCUAAGAGUGCUAAAGUGUAAAAAUGUA